AUGACUGGCGACGACAAUAACAGUAGCGCCAACGGCGGCGGCGGCGGCGCCAAUGGCGGUUUGUUACAGCUGGUCGAGUCGCCUAUUCCGGAACAGAAGAUCUUUAAUAGCCUGCCCUUCCCGCUCGUCCUAACGCCGCGCGUCCUUCCGAAUCCCGCGAGCACGUCCGCUCCCUCCGCACCUCCCGCAUCCCUUUCCGCCAAUGCCUCCGAUGCAAGCGCUCCCGCUUCCUCCUCAUCUUCUCCCCAGGCUGUUUCCCUCGCCACGUCAGCAUCCUCCCCGUCCGACGCGGCAGCUCCUCACGUCAGCGACGCGGUCGCGUGGAUCCGUGCGAACCGCGAAUGGCUGCUGGACACGUGGCAGCUGCACGGCGCGGUGCUGCUGCGCGGCUUGCCUCUCGAGUCGCCGUGUGACUUUAACGAGGUCGUGGAGGCCUUCGGAUUGGACGAGCUGCCUUACGUGGGCGGCGCGGCUCCAAGAACGAAGGUGGCUCCACGUGUGUUCACAGCAAACGAGUCGCCUCCGGAUCAGAAGAUUCCGUUCCACCACGAGAUGGCGCAGGUACCCGAGUACCCGACCCGUCUCUUCUUCUUCUGCCAGACCCCUCCAGCCUCCGGUGGCGAGACCCCCAUCCUGCCCUCCUGCGAGCUCACCAGGCGCCUGGCUCUGACGCACCCCUCGUUCGUGGCUCAGCUGAGGGCCAAGGGGCUUCUUUACGUGCGCGUGCUGCCAGAGGAGGAUGACCCGAGCAGUGCCAUUGGGAGGGGGUGGAAGUCGACUUUCCUCACUCAAGACAAGGAAGAGGCUCAAGAGAAGGCGGCAAAGCUCGGGGUGAAGCUGGAGUGGCAGGCGGACGGCAGCGUUCGAACUGUUUCCGGGCCUAUCCCAGCGCUUAGGGUUGACACCAGGCCUCUACCCAGCGUCUCCACCAAACCUCAUGCUGCUCAAAAUAAAGAUCAGCCUCGGGAUGAGGUCCGGGAUGAACAGGCUCGGACAGGAGAGGUUGGGGAGGAAGAGGUUCGGGAGGCAUGGUUCAACAGCAUGGUAGCGGCCUAUACAGGAUGGAAGGACGUACGUAAUGACCCAACCAAAGCAGUUACGUUCGGCGACGGGGAGGCGUUACCAGGGGAGGUGGUAUUGGCGGUGGAGGAGGAGAUGGAGCAGCUGGCAGUGGCUGUGCCAUGGCGACGAGGAGAAGGGGAGGAAAUGCGGGAAGAGGGAGAUGCGUGGGGAUUGACGGAUGAUGGUGGAGGAGAGAGAGGGGAAAGAGAAGGGUGUCGACGAGGAAAGGAUGAAAGCGAAGCGGGAGAAAGGGACGAGGGAGGAGGUAGAAGCGAAGAAAGGGAAGAGGAAGGAGAUGAAAGCGAAGGAAAAUUGUGUAGAGGAGGACGAGAAGAAGCAAGGGAAGGGGGAGGAGGCAAAGCAGAGAGUUCGAGGAGGCUAGAAGUGCGUCCGGAGGGGGGGCAACGGAAGGACUGGGGAGCGGUGGACGAGGGGGGGCUGAGGGAAGGUGAGAAAGAGAGAGAGGAAGAAAGGGAAGGAGGGGGAAAAGACGCAAAGGGAUUUCACGGGGGAGAGAUACGUCCGGAGGGGGAGCAAUGGAAGGAGGAGGCGGGAGUGGCGGGUGAAGGGGAGGUGAGGAAGGAAGCAGGGGAUGCAGGAGAAGACGAAGCGGAGGUUGAGAAGGAGAAAGAGGAAGAGGAAGAGGAGGAAGAUGAGAAAGGGAAAGAAAAGGAUGAGGACAAGGAAAAAGAGGAAGAAAAGGCAGAGGAGGAAGACAAGGAGGAAGAGGAGGAGGAGGAGGAGGAGUAUGUGUAUUUGGAUUUGAGCCAAGCGGUUAGGAGGCUGCCUCGAAAUUGCCGACUCAUUAUCGAGCGCAACUGA